AUGUCGAUCCUCUAUCCGUCCGGGCCCAAGCUCCCGAGGUUCUCCGCAUUGUACGACUUUCUCACCCAGAGCCUUACCCUGACUGCCGAUGGAACCAAGCGCUGGGGGCUGCCGGACCCGUUCUUCCAGCAAGAGGAACGCGUCGGCGCUUUGUUUUUCUCCCUGCGUGCUUACAUCCCCCUCGAGCCUCCGCCGGGCUCGAUCGAGCUCGACGACCCAUUCCAUAUUAAGGCCAAAUUCAAAGUCCACCUCCCCCAGGAAUGCUUCGACAACGACAAUGUCUACAUCGAGGUGGCCGGCACAGUAGUCAAGGUCCGCAUCGACUACAUCUUUCUGACUGGAAAGUCGGCACAGAACGGGGACGCCACCGGCGUGGUCAAGGCCACCGACGCCGACACGGCUACGGUCGUCUCGUCGCCGGUCAAGACCGAGGUGCUGCCCCCCAGAGAACUGUACCUGCCCGCCGGGCGCACCGUCGACAUCAAGGCCAUCAUCCCCACCCCUCUCGACAUCGGUGGCGGAGCCUACACCAACAUCUACCUCAACCCCAAGGUCCUGGCGCUGGACAACGCCAGCACGACCAGCAGCUACCUCUUCGAGGCGCUCACCUCCCACAUCACCUGGUCCAUCAAGUGGGCCCCGGAUCUGGUCAUUGCAGACCCUUUCCCUCCCCAGCGCGUCAAUGUCGUCACCACCCGCGAUGGCGGCUAUCACGGCGACGACACCAAGGUCACUCGUUCCGUCCAGACAUACCUCAUUUAUCUCACCCUCCUCAAGGACAAGGCCUGA